ACCGACCGGCCUGGGGCGGCCCGGCGGGAGAUUUUUCUAUAUGAGUGGAGAAGUCAGUUGUUGCAAGUAGAAGUGACACAACAUUUUUUUAGGAUGUCUGAAGAUGAAGAAAAAGUGAAAUUACGCCGUCUUGAGCCAGCUAUCCAGAAGUUUACCAAAAUAGUAAUUCCAACAGACCUGGAGAGGUUAAGAAAGCACCAGAUAAAUAUUGAGAAGUAUCAAAGAUGCAGAAUCUGGGACAAGUUACAUGAAGAGCAUAUCAAUGCAGGACGGACAGUUCAGCAACUCCGCUCCAAUAUCCGAGAAAUGGAGAAGCUUUGCUUGAAAGUCCGAAAGGAUGACCUAGGACUUCUGAAAAGAAUGAUCGAUCCUGUUAAGGCAGAAGCAUCAGCAGCAACAGCAGAAUUUCUUCAACUCCAUUUGGAAUCUGUAGAAGAACUUAAGAAACAAUUUAAUGAUGAAAAAACUUUGUUACAGCCUUCUUUAACCAGAUCCAUGACUGUUGGUGGAGUACUUGACACCACUGAGGCUGAAGCUGAACCCCAGAGUUUGACUCAGAUCUAUGCAUUGCCUGAAAUUCCCCGAGACCAAAAUGCUGCAGAAUCAUGGGAAAACUUAGAAGCAGACUUAAUUGAACUUAGCCAGCUGGUCACUGAUUUCUCUCUUCUAGUGAUGUCUCAGCAGGAGAAGAUUGACAGCAUUGAAGACCAUGUCAACAGUGCUGCUGUGAAUGUUGAAGAGGGAACCAAAAACUUGGGGAAGGCUGCAAAAUACAAGCUGGCAGCUCUGCCUGUGGCAGGUGCACUCAUCGGAGGAGUGGUAGGGGGUCCGAUUGGCCUCCUUGCAGGCUUCAAAGUGGCAGGAAUUGCAGCUGCACUUGGUGGUGGGGUGUUGGGCUUCACAGGUGGAAAAUUGAUACAAAGAAAGAAACAGAAAAUGAUGGAGAAGCUCACUUCCAGCUGUCCAGAUCUCCCCAGCCAGACUGACAAGAAAUGCAGUUAAAACCACACUUCGUUUUUAGUGGCACCAACAUGUCUAUCCUAAGGAGGACCUGUGCGGCUGCUGGACACUCACCCAGCUCUUGGAGCAGGAUUAGACUCUCAAGUUGGAUUGAACUGUGACGAGUGGAUACAUUUUGCUGUGUGCUGGGUGUUAGAGAUUGAAGAUAUAUAAUGUUUAUCAGGUAAAAUUUAAAGACUGCCAGGGAGCUGAUUUUCUGCCUGGAAAUGUGAAGACUGACCCAUAACUUUGCUAAAGACUUGAGUGUGAAAAUGUAGACUUGGACACCUUCAGGCUUGAUUAUCUUCCUAAAAGAUUACUUAGGCUUGUCAGUGAGGAGAAGAGUGCAGGAGCCCGUCUUAUCAGAUAGUGAAGUCAGGAUUUCGUGAGGGGCACAAGGAACCACAUAAUGGAGUCUGUUUGGUGAACAGUUUGGUAUUUGCCGGUGAAGGAAAUUAGUAAGAAAAUGAGAAGUGAGGCCUAUCUUUUCUUCUAGGUAUCUGAAUUUGCGACACCGGCUUGUUUUCUCAGCUCUUCUGCCUCGCUAAAUAAAGAACACAAACUCUCAAGUGCCAGAAGAUUUAUUAAGCCAGCCGUUAAGGUUGCUCAGUCCACCUGUCCUGAUUUCGAAGAUCCAGUGUUCUUUGCCUUCCCUCCCUUGCCAUUUUGAGUUCUUUGAUUUGUGGGGUAAAAUCAACCCAUGUGAAAUGAGGACUUUCCUCGUAAUCUAUUUAUUCCGAUGUCUCCCAUCUGUGUUCAUCCUUUCCUUUCCCAAAACCUGUAGGGAAAAAAAUGAGAGGAGAGGAGAGGACUAAAAAGGAGGGAACGAAGCUACAAAUACUUCCAACAUCAUUAGAGUUUGAGUGAAAAGAUCAGCAGGUGAGGGGGGAGCUCUGAGGUCACUUCUUGGGGCCUCUUCCUUACCACACUGGGUGUUUCUGAUCCUGAGUCCUUUCAGUGGCCCCUGGCAGGAGCUGAGAACUACCUCAUUUCUGUAACUACCACCCUCUCUUGCUGCUUUGCUAGCUCCUGUGCUUUCCUUCAAUUUCACAGUGCUGCUUCUCCCCGAGAACGACAUUUAUGGCUUUUCUUACUUUCAAGAUGGUGAUGAGCCAAACCUGGUGCCAAGACUCAGUGCUGAUGAAGGAUUUCUGGUGCUAAUCCUAACCCUUGACCUUGACAGCAAGCAUGGUCCAGCCAACACAAUACCUACUUAAACAACAGAAAGCUUGUAAAUUUAAGGGGGAAAAGAAUUGAGGCAAAAUCAUUCUGUAACCUGAACUCGAAAUAGGAAGGAAGCACCCUCUGCCUUACUCUACCCUCUCUUUUACUUUUUAAGAUUUUUGUUAUUUAUUUAUGCAUACAGAAUUGGG